CCGCCUCGCUUUGCGCCGAACGACGUCGUCUAUCUCACGCCCGACACCGACGAGACGCUGGAUGAGCUGGAGGAAGGCAAGCUGUACGUCAUUGGCGGCAUUGUCGAUCGGAAUCGCCACAAGCAUCUCUGCCUGGAGCGUGCCAAGGCCCUAGGCGUGCGCGUGGCUCGUCUGCCAAUCGACGCGGCUCAUCUCGGCGAGCGUGCCUUGGCGCCCCGAGCCGUGCUGACGGUGAAUCAGGUCUUCGACAUCCUUCUCGGCUGGAUCGAGACUCGCGAGUGGGGCGCCGCUUUGGACCGCGGUCUGCCGUCGCGCAAG